ACCCUUCUGGAUACCCAAGAGGUGACGCACCUCGUUUCAUUGGACAAACCAUUUUGGUCCUUCCCUUGAAGACAAACAUAUCACCUCCGCCUCCCUCCAAAGAUGACCGCCACCGCUGAGCUCGGCUGCAGCAGGGGCCCGGCCCUUGUCAUCGGCGCCACCGGCUAUAUCGGCCGCUUCGUGGCGGAGGCAUGCCUUGAGAGCGGGUGCGCCACCUACAUCCUCGUCCGCCCCGGCUCGGCGUGCCCUGCACGGGCUGCCACCGUCGAUGCUCUCCGAGCGAAAGGUGCCAUCGUCCUCGAGGGAUCCGCAAAUGAUAACGACUUCAUGGAGAGGAAGCUGAGAGAGGAAGCCAUCGAGGUGGUUAUUUCAGCGAUGGGCGGUCCUCAAAUUCUCGACCAGCUCAACCUGCUCGAGGCCAUUAAAGCCGUCGGCUCCAUCAAGAGGUUUUUGCCUUCAGAGUUUGGUCACGACAUCGAGAAGGCUAACCCCGUGGAGCCUGGCCUGAGUUUCUACAGGGAGAAGAGGAAAGUCCGUCGUGCCAUUGAGGCUGCAGGGAUCCCUUACACCUACAUCUGCUGCAACUCCAUUGCCGGCUGGCCUUACCACAACAACACCCACCCGUCGGAGAUUACUCCACCACUGGACCGGUUCCAGAUCUACGGUGACGGCAACGUUAAAGCUUUCUUUGUUGCUGGGUGUGAUAUUGGGAAAUUCACAAUCAAAGCAGCAUAUGACUCUCGUACUCUCAACAAAACCGUUCAUUUCCGCCCAGCUUGCAAUCUCCUUAGCUUGAAUGAAAUGGCUUCGAUGUGGGAGAGUAAGAUCGGACGGACCCUGCCGAGAGUUUCCUUGACUGAGAAGGACUUGCUUGCCGUGGCAAAAGAGAAUUGCAUUCCAGCAAGCAUAGUUGCUGCUUUGACACAUGACAUAUUCAUCAAUGGCUGCCAAAUCAAUUUCUCAAUUGAUGGAUGCAAGGAUGUUGAGAUUACCUGCCUCUACCCUGACAUCUCAUUUCGAACCAUCGACGAAUGCUUCAAUGACUAUGCAGCAGAGCUCAAGCAAGGCAAUAAGAUCACCUCCCCAACUUCUAUGGUGUAUAUGGCGUCCUUUCCACCAACACAUGCUUGAAAGCAUCUCAGAUGAUGAUCUCUCUUUUCUCUACCUAUUAUAAGAGCAUCAGAGUUCCUUUCUUUUGAUAGAAUUUUUGCUUGAUACUCUUCCAUUGUGUUGAUUUCGACAUGACCGGCGGACCUAUUUUGCUGGUGUAUCCAUGAAGUUUGUAGCAUGUCAACGAGUCAAUCUAUAUUGUGUAAGGUUGUUAGGUUCUAAGUUCAUGCAGCUGUAUUGAAUAUGCUGGAGUUCAUGUUUUUUGUGGUGGUGGACCGCCUGUUAUGUGGGGCCAUGAUCAUCGCAGAAGGAUGGUCUAGCCACUUUCUUUGUGGCUGGAUUGAUUUUGUGUUAUUUUAUUUUGUUUUAUUUUAUGUUGAUUAGGCUUGUUUUCAUAUUGUUAUUUUAGGGCCUUUAUGAGAAUGUUUUCUUUGUAAGGGUCCUUUUGUUAUUUCUUGACCCUAUAUAUAUGGGUCCAUAUACUUGUUUAGUAUUAUUAAAUGAUUGAAUGAAAAUAGCAUCAUUUUCUCUAAA